AUGGCCAAAGUCAAGUAUAAGAAAUUAGGCCGCUCGAAAAAGAAAUUAUGUCCAGCCAUUAACUGGCCUUUCAUGGUUAUGAGAUUAAUCCAUGUCGCCAUCACUACAGCGAUCGUGAUUAUUAUUACAUUGAAAAAUUCAGAACUGAGCAACGCUAUGAAAAUGGUGGACACUUCAUCAGUCUUAUAUACUGGCUUUUAUUUUGGCUUGCUAAGCGUCUCUUUUGCUCUUUACUUUAUCACGUCUUUUAUUGAUCCUGGUUAUGUUCAAGAUGGAGACGAUAAUUGUAAUUUGACGUACAAUCAGCAUGCUGAUGAAGAAAAUUAUUCUUAUGGUACUUUUUGUGACAUAAUCAAGUUAAUCGAUAGCAGUUUGACUACUCAGCCGCAACAAGAUCCAGUACCUUCUGAAAAUGAAGAAUAUAAAGCAAAUGAUCAACAGCAUACGACACGGAAUAAAAUCUCAAAGCCUAUAGUCCCUCGCCGUUGUGGUUUUUGCCGCACUAUACAACCUAUCCGUGCUAAGCACUGUGCUGAUUGUAAAAGAUGUAUUCGCCGUUGGGAUCAUCAUUGCCCUUGGGUAGCUAACUGUAUUGGAGAACGUAAUCAUCGAUUCUUUUGGGCGUUCUUAUUAGUCGAAUCAACGUUAAUUAUUUGGACAAUUCGAAUUACUUGGACAUCUAUCAUGUGGAAAGGCAAUUUAAGUUCAACUUUUGGAUCUCAUAUUAUCAACAUUUUUGCCUUAGUAGUCUUAGUCUUUUUUAUGAUUAUCUCCGCUAGUUUAUUAUGUUGUCAUACCGUUCUCAUUUUCUCCGGUAAAACUACUUGGGAAUUUGUCUCGCAUUCUCGCAUCACAUACUUAAAACAUUUACAAGAGGAUCAGAACCCCUUUGAUGAAGGAAUGCUUGCUAAUGUUUUCAAUUUUCUAUGUCGUUUUAAAGUACGUGAUUGGGGUGCAUUAUUAAAUAAGGGAAUGCAAAGCGCAAAUGUAAAUUCUAACGUUUGAU